UUUUCUUCCGCUACAAACUCUAAAAUUACGUUUUAAUUCAUUAAAUUACUAAUAAUUAGUGAAUUUGAAUUAAUAUUUGAAUAUUUAUUUGCAAUGUCAGUAACUCAGAGAGUUCAGCAAUGGGCUACAUUUGCUCGAACCUGGCAUAUAUAUGACUGUACCUGGCAGAAUCCGUAUGAAUCAGCCCAGAUUAUCCGGAAACACUUACUGGGGCUCCACAAACCAAUUUACCAUCCAAUGAAUGACUGUGGGGACCACGUUGUGGCGAUUAAUUCAAAGGAAAUUGCCCUCCCUGGAGAAGAGUGGCGGAAGAGAGUGUACUUCCAUCAUACAGGCUACCCUGGUGGAGCUUCGUGGACAUUGGCAUGGGAAUUGCAUGAAAAGGAUCCCACGAUGAUUAUAAAGAAAGCAGUUUAUACAGCAAUGCGCGGUAAUCUACAAAGGAGGUACACAAUGCAGAGAUUCCACAUCUUCCCGGAUGAUAAAAUCCCUGAAGAUAUUCUUGGGAACGUCUCCAAUCAAAUCCCAUCGCUCAGGAAGAUCCCACAACGUCUGGAUGAAAUGGAUCCGGAAGAAGUUAAAAGCUUCCCUAAAAUUAUGGAUUAUCCGGAAGAUUAUAUUCUCAAGUAGGACGAUUUGUUGUUUAGAUUAAUUAUUUUGUAGAGAGGCAUAAAAUAGAAAUAAAAAUCUAAAAAUUGA